UAAAUGACAUAUAAUAGCGUAAAGUUGUGUCAGGUAGAAUGAGUCAUGGAGUCUGUCUGACUAUCAAAGAAAACAAAGUCCUAGUGAAGGAUUUUCUUACGGGCCCAGUGGAGGAGGUAUUUCAAGGUGCACAGUACAGGAAGACUUACCUAGUUGGCCACAAUGGCAGCUGAUACUGAUGCUUCACUGGCCAAGCUGAAGCAGUUGUUGGUGACUGGCUCUGACAGUGUGGCCUGGAAUGGAAGUCACUUGGUACGUCACCUGGUGGACUGGUUCCAACGCAGCGAACGACAGCGCCACAGUAAGUCAAACUCCACCCCCCAGUCACCGCCUCCUGACGACGACUCCAAAUCAAGACUAAGAGCCUCUAACCCAGGCGACACACUCAUCAACUGCACCUCUGUUAUUCCCAAGUUGGUGGAGGAGGGGAAAGCUGAGGUGAUAUUGGACACACUGCGGGCAUAUAACCAGCUGCCCUACGUGGACAAGGAAGCUCUGGUGUUGUGUUUAGCCGUGGUAUCCAAACAGAGUGACCAGAAGAAGCUGGUGACUGAUGCUCACUCGUCAGUGCGGGAGCUGUGUACUAACACCCACCUCUUCUUUCUCUUCAUUCAAAUAUCUAAGAUGAUCUCAAAGCAAACGGGACACUCAGGCUGGGGUCGUGGGCUGCGUCGUGCGGUUAACGAGUGGUACCUGAGCUGGGAGCCUCGACGCCUUGCCUUGGAGGUCACACGACACUUCAGCGCGUAUGGGUGGACCCACCGUGAUGUCAUCAGAUUAGCACACUUGAAGCUUAAAGAACUGCCGCUAGGGACGCAGGUGGUGUUACACUAUGUAUUCAUGGGUCUGGAGAAGACUGUCCAGGAGUACACUGGCAAGGACAACACAAGUGAGCUGCUGGAGCUGAUGCAAGUACUGGACAAGGAUGGACACCCUCAGGAAGGGGAGAAGUCAUGGGAUGUGGACCAGGUCAUCAACAAAGUGAACAAGUUACACGAGAUGUUCGGCGGCCUCACCCUCGACGACGUCCCGUCACAAAGUCUUAAAUCCCCAGAGGUAUGGUCUCAUAUGCUGGACAAACUUGAGGGAGAAUCUACAGUAGCAAGUGUUAACCGGAUGUGUAAGGCCAACCUCUUAAACCCAUCCAGUGAGAGUAGCCACGCUCUCCCCUCUAAACUGGUGGAGCGCUUGACCCACAGUGACGUCACAUCUGGCUGCGUCACUCCCACCCAAGUGCUCAUGGCCCUGCACUCCUACGAACACCCAACGAGAUUUGUUGGUGACGCUGGUGGCAAGAUUUUUGAGAGGAAGCCAAGCAAAGGAGUUGCAGGCAAGAUCCCCAGAGCCCCUGUGAGGACCCCAUCCAAGAAAAACACAAAAGUCAACCCUCAGGUCGUUGAUGCUCUUCAUACUCUCAUUACUGCAAGUGCUAAGAGUGUUGAAAAGACGUCACGUAAACUUGGUAUCUGUGUUGACGUGCGAGGCUCCAUGAGUACUAGUCAUGUCUGGACUGGCAAUCCUGAAGGGAAAGGAGAGGUGACAGGUCAUGAGGGAGCCGCCGUGACGAUAUUGGCCUUGACCUCGGGAGGAACCAACCCAGCAGCGACCACCCUGGCCUUCUCAGAGAACACCUUAACAGAAAUUCAAGUCACUGAGGGAAUGACUCUCCUCCAACUAAUUAACAAGUUUAAGGAGACGGUGAUUGGUGAGGUGAACGUAGGGGAAGCUCUGAAGUGGGCCAAGGAGAAUGAAGCAGAUACUGUAGUGGUGCUGACCCACAAAUUUGAGCAGCAUGUCAUUUAUUCUGCCACUCAAUCCUUACAACAGCUCAAUGAUGCUAACAGCACACAUAUCAGACUUGUGUUGUGUGGACUUGGAACAAAACAUGUGCAUCCUCAACAGACAGAAAAUUUCCUCCUUGUCCUGGGCUUUGACCAGCGGACACCCAGCAUCAUAAGAGCCUUCCAUGAAUGUAGUUUCUAGUAAGAGUGACCGGAAGGCUUUCUUGUUUCUGUCCUCUGGUAGGAAGAUUGAGAAGUAUGAAGUGGUGAUCAGUUGGUGGUCACACUUUGAAAGGCAUUUAUAGUAAGAGUAACUGUGCAGGGAUGUUAGAUUCUGUCCUCGGAACAACACGAUGCAUAAUUUGGAAGUGGUGUUCUUUGUGUAUUUGAUAUUCAAACUAUUUCAAUAUAAUCUCAGAAUUACCCUCUGCUAAAGAUGUGUUAAAUUUUUAUGGGGAUAUAUUCCAUAGCAGUGUUUUACUUGUUAUGUGAGGUUGUUUGGUACACAGAGAAAGUAUAUUUGAGAUAAAAGUUGAAUGCUAUUAACUGCUUGUCUUCCUCAUUAUAAACAGAAGUACAGUACUAUACUGUAAAUGUGCUUUUCCUUAAAGCUGAUCUCAUAUGCCAGUUCAAGAUUCAGACUGCAUGGAUGCUCAUGCGAGUCUGAAAUUACUAAACCAUGUUAUUGCUUUGCAAUAGAGUUUGACUUUUCCAGGUCACUACAAUAAAGAACUGGCAAUCAAGUAUUGCACAGUUAAAUAGUUUUUGGUGCCUUGACAAAAUUUAUACCUACAUAAAUAUUUCAACAGGUGACUGAAGGAAUGAACUGUUUGAAAGACUGGAAGCAGAGGAACUAGACAUUUUUGAUGUGUUGAUGCUUAUAUGAUCAUUAUAAGUUAUGAUAUUUAAUAGAAUCUCUAAUUAUAAUUGCAGGAUAUAAUCUAAAUGUUUAUUAUAGAUCUAUAGAAGGAACUUGACAAUUGGCAUUUUAUAUUGAAUACUUAAGUGUUCAUGAUGUGAACAUUAUUUUUAACCACGUUUACUUGCGUAAUUCACUUCAGUAGUCCCUAUAUGUCUUGACACACAACAGUACUUUCUCCUCAACUUCUUGGCAGACAAUAAAGCAUAAAAUUAACUAGUGAAAUUACAAGUGUUCAAUUGAUCAGAAUGUAAUAAUGCUUUGUGUAAACACAGUGCAAGACUUAAUUACCGUACGUAUCUCAUGGUAAAAAUAUUUUGGUACAGUAUAUAGAGGGUACAGUAGCAUCUCUGGGUGGAUGUGUAUAGGAGACCCCACACCUCGGAGAAGACAAUCAGGAUCGUUCAUGGAAAAUUUGAGAUGAUUUUCCAUGACCUCUAAGUUGGUACAGUAUUGUCUUCUCCUACCACCUUCAUCCUUUGUGUGUUUGUGUAUACACUAGAUAUAGGGAAUGAAAGCACUGUAUACUAUUGCAACAAAAUAUGGAUGGCAAAGAGGAUAUUUAUUCAUUGGUGUUAUAAGUUGUCAAGGUACAGUAAACAUUUAACCUCGGCCAUAUACCGUAUAUAAACUGGAUAAGAAUAACAGUAUGAUGUGAGAGUCACUUGUCAUCAACAUAGAAACAUCUUAAUUGAUUUAUUCCUCUCUUAACUUUGUCAGUUCAUUGAAGGAUCCGAGAUUGAAAAUAGGUACUGGUAAGGCAAGUAACUGACAUCUGGUUUAUUUGGGUGAUUGGGAAAUCUUGUCAAGGAAUUUUUCACCAUGUGUAGCUGUCAUUGCCUGUGGGGGAUGUACGAGUAUGUAAGGCAUUGAAUCUUAUCAGCAUUUUUCUUGGCCUCUGCUUCAGGUAGGUUUUGGUCUGUAUCUCGGUAGGGGAAGUAAUUCCUCCCUCCCCCCCAGCUUAACCACCUUAAGACUAUCUUCUAGCAGGAGGGGGGCUUAUCUUCAGGUGAUUCAUGACAGCUAACAUUACAAAAGGUCUCGUUUAUAUUCUCAGUGUACGGUCUGUCACUGGUUAGAUCCACUAUACCGUAGUCCCCAAUUUUAACACAUGGCUAAACCUGCAUCUAAAAAAAAAAUUAAAUAUCUACCUCACUUUAUUUAGUGUUACUAUUAGAGUUCUAGGCACAGACUCCAUUAAAAAGAGGUGAAAUUAACUUGAAGGGUUAUAUGCAAGGGACGUGUGUUUCAAGUGUGUGGUAUCUAAGUCAACUUAUUGAUUCUUUUGGUUAUUUUUUCCCCAAGUAUUGCUGAUAAGGUUAGGUGUUUUGUCUUGAUGUGAUGAGAAGAGAAGGGGAGGUAAGAGAACAAGGGAGAGAUAGAAGAGUAAAAGGGUGACAUAGAAGUGUAAAAGAGAAGAGAUGAGAAAAAUAGAGAUAGAAGUGAGAAAGAGGAGAGAAAAAAAAAAGAGAGAGAGAAAGAGACUGAUGUACUGUACCACCAUAUUAAGACUGUAGGAAAGGGUGUAGUGCAGUAGAAGGUCUGAUGUAUUGUUCAGUUAUAAGAAUGUUUCCCUUUGCUUUGAAUUCUUUUGGGUUCCAGUACUGUAUACAUUUGACCUGUAGGAAAGAUGAGUGUUUACAAAUUUGAAGUGAAUUAUUGUUGGGGGUAUUGAGAGUCUUAUAAAUAAUCCCUUUUAAUUAAUUUUCUGAUUAAUUUAAAUGAGAUCUUGAAUACUUAAUGUGAACUUCCUAGUAAUCCUGCUUAAUAGCUGAUAGAUGAAUACCAACAGUUACGUAAAUGAAGAUGCAUUUAUAUUAACGUGUUGGUGUUCUGUUGUCAGUCUCCACUCCUUGUUGUAGUCCAUGUACAGUACAGUAAUGUGUCUACAGAUAAUAUUACUUGCUGAUAAUCUCUGUGUGUUAAGUCAUGGGGCAUUUACAUCCUUUUGGUAGUUAGUCUUGCUCUGAAUCUCAUCAUUUAAUACAGCACUCAAAGUCAUGCAAAGAGCACCAGUGAUUUGUGCCUACCGGUAUAAUUUAUGCUCUGUUACCAUCGUUUCCACUGACCUUCAUGCUGAAAUGUGUAUUAACCCUUAAAUGGCGGCCAUGGACAGUGGCAGUUAGCUGUAGGGACGGCAGCCAUUACCAGUGGAUGUUUCAUGUUCCUUGCAUUCAAUUUUUGCACAUUGGGGGGCAGAGUAAGGAAUCUUUAGCCACCAGUUAAGGGUUAAAAGCUGUCCUUGUGCUAUUAUUUCCUGUGUGCUUCUGUUUUAAAGAGGAAAAAGUUUAUAUUUUAAAUCCUUAACCAUAUUUCUAAGUGAAGUGUUGGAGGAAGAUUCUGCAUAGGUCAGAUGAUAUAGAAGGUCAAUAAAUGUAUAAAUCCAGCUGAUGUUCUUAGAUAAGGGCUACUGAUAUGUAGUAUUUGCCUGAAGAUGUCAUGUAAAGCAUUUCGAUUUUUUUUAGACUGAAAAUGCAUUAUCUCUUGACCUUCAUGUUUUUUCUUAAGUGGCAAUUUGAUUAGUUUGCUAAAGGAAUUUCUAUAUUGCAUUAAGUGAAGACUGAGUUGUUUUAUAAAUAUUUAUCAAAGCCAUCUUUCUGUAAAUGCAGUUGACUACUCAGUGACUGGUUAUCAUUGUUGUUUUAAAGGCAGUGUAUCAUACCAUUGCAGUGCUACAGUACUGUACUGUACUGUACUGUAUACAAGUUUUCAUCUUAUAUAUACAAUACUGUACAGUAUACAGUUUGUUACUGUUAGCCGAGUCUUCACUUAACUCUCCUGGUCCACACUUCUAAGUGAUGUGAAGGAAUUUUUAGCAAAAGAAUGUUUCCUUUGUCUUUCACAUUGAUGGUCAGUUUAUUCAUACGGCUACUCAUUAUGAAGAGUUACAGUACUGCAUGUGGAAAAGCUGUAAGAAAGGAAACUUUAUCUAAUGUGUUUACUAUUUUUAUUGAUAUUAUUGAACUUAUUCUUCCCUUCUUAAAAAUAACUUGAUCACUGUCUCAUAAAGUACUGUAGUCUUCUUAGAAAGAUGAUACAGUACAGUAUGACAUACAGUACUUGUGUACACUGAAAGAUAUGAUGUACUUGUGUAUGUGAAAUAGGUUUUGGAAAAAGGGGGAAAAUGGAAGUUUUUGCACUAGAGGAACCAUAUUCUUUCAUAAUUUGAGUUUUGAAAAUAAAAGUUAGAAAGGCAACAAAUCACUGGGAGUAAUACUCAUCAUUGUUGUUAGCUUAAUGGUCUGCCCAGAAGGUGAGUGUUGUAUUAGCUCGAACAUCUCUAGGUGUAAGGCAAAACUAGUAAUUUAAGUAGACAAUAAUAAUUGGGGAAAAAAAAUUAUUUAUAUAAUCCAGGGAUUUGUUUUGCCUCCAUGGCUACUGACUGACCUGUUGUGGAGGAUAAUGUAAAUCACAUGUAGGAUGUCUCAGAAAAAUAUAUACACACUACCUUACAAAUUUUUGCGGAGAUGACAUAAAUACAUGCAUUACAAGCAGCAACAUCAUCUUCACUUGUUAAUGUGUGAAGACUGGUGCUGUUGUAAUACAAACAUUCAUACAAUCACCACAAAAAUCUGUGAGGCAGUGUGUAUAAAUUUUUCUGAGACACUUUGUGCUGUCUACAUAUCAACAUAUUUACCGAGGAUGGAAUCAUGAAUAACAAGCAAAACGGUCUAUUGUGAUAUAAACAGAAUUAUUAUUUUAAAAACUCUAAGUGGAGGAAAAACAUUAAAUUACAUUACUUUUAAUUGCAUGUAUCAGAUAUGUUUUUAGCUUUAUAGUAAGGAGCUUUUAGAAUAUUUAUAUGUACAGUACAGGAUGUAAUUGAAACAUUGUGUACAGUAGUACAGUAAUUGACUAUCUUGAUAAAUAGGAAAGUGUACUCAGGUAAUUCAGAGGUAGGGAGACAAUACUGUAAAUGCAAGUACAGUACAGUAAAUAUCCCCUUAAUAUGUAUAAUAAUGGGGCAAGAAUCUUAAGAGAAUAUAACAGCUCAGGUGGGAGUGGUUUUGAGUCCUUGUGUGUGUGUUUGAGAAAAACAAUGAACUGUGUUAACAUAGAGAAAUUGUUAACAUGACAAUUUACUGUACUUAUAUUCAAAAUUUACAUUGGAUUACAUUCACAGUACAUGUGUUAAUAAAUCUCGCAUAAUUUGGAAAUAAAAUAAGGGUUUUAUACAGGAUCUGGAAGGUAUCGUAAUCUCAGAGACGAAGGUAAUACUGAUUCAUAAUUGACUUAUUGAGUUAAAAUGUCUUUCUGUUGAAGUUAUUACCAAUUAGAAAUGGAGUAAUGUACAGUAUUAUACUUUUUUUUUUCUUAAGUUUAGAUAUUGUUGUGUGUUUCAUCAGGCCUUUGUUGUCAGUGUACUGUAUUGUCAGUUCUUAAAGUGUUCAGUCAACUAUGGCUCUUGAUGCAGUCAGAGUGGGUACGGUAUUUAUAUUAUUGUGUAUUUUCAAUAUUUUACUGGGUGAAUUUAUUGGGACUUUUGAGACUUUUUCUUUAUAUUUUUCACUAAUGUUUUUGUUGGUGUUGACUCGAGCAAUGUUAUAUCACUUCCGCUUGGUGAUGCUUGCUGCCAGCUGGCCUUGGUGGUAACAUUAAACAAGCAGCUAUUAAUCUGUGAGGGUAUUCUUUGAUACACUGUUUUCUCUAUUACCUCUUGAUAAAAGUCUUAGAAAAUUUUAAAUGUAAAAAAAAAAAAAAAAAAAAAAAAGGACCUGUUUUCUUGGCUUUUGAAGUGAACUUAAUGUGUUUCAGAUCACUAUGGUCCAGAAAGUGUGCAGUACAGUACGUACACUAUUGAGUCAUUUGGCUAUGCUUCUAAACCUGUGUAUUUCAUUUUAUGUCAAGAUAACUGUGCUACCUGGAUCCUUUCUACUCACAUAGUCUUUGAGAACUUGUACAGUACAUAGUAGACCAAUUUUUUUUAACCAUUAAUUUAGUUCUAUUGCAUUUAUAUAUUAUUUAAAGCACUAUACUUAACUAAAUUUAAUGUUGUGAAUAAUUUUAAACGAAGGUGUCAUAGGAAAUAUUUUUAAAAUUAUAAGUGUGUAGGGGACUUUACUGUAUAAACUGCAGGUAUACAGUAUUAAAAUUGACCAUAUUUUUGAGGAUACACAGAUUAAUUCUUCUAACCAAUGUACUGUAUUAUUAUCCAGUUCUCUUUAAAAAGAAAACUUGGCACCACAAGUAACAUUACUCUCACUUCCUAAACCAAACUUAUUGUAAUUACCUUAAAAACAUUUGUUCUCCAUAUAACACUGUGGUAGUCUGUACUCCAGGUGCUGUACUGUCAUCUUGAUAACAGUUAACUCCUUGUCUCACUGUUCAGAUGAUGUAUGUCUGAGAAUAUGUCCAUUCUGUACUUGUAGUUUUUAAUAUCUUCCCUGUUGUUGUAAGGUAUCCUGGCAUGAUUGUCUGCCCAGUUUUACUAUGACUUGUCAUCCAUGUCUUUGUUUUCAGUAAAAUUCAUCAUCAUUAAACAGAGAGUAAGGAAGUGUUUGGAUAAUUAUAGUCAUUAAUAUUUUGCUUCAGAAACAAGUAGUAAUAAUGUAAGUUUAUUUAUAUGUAUACUGUAUUUUAAUUCCUGCAAAUUUUGUCUUAAAAUUAAAAUUAUUGUAUAGUAAAUUUAAAUUAUUAAAAAUUUGUUUAGAAGCAAUGAGAAUGGACUGUAUCAUAGCUGAACUUAAUAGUACUGUAGUUCUGAACUUGAGGAUAAAAUGUAAAAAUUUAAAUUGUUUUAUGUUGCUGUGGUGAUGGACAUAAAAGAUAUAUGUUAUAGCUAACUAAACCUUUAAGGUUCCACAAACAUCUGUUAAAUAGUAAUGAUUCAUUUAGUAAGAAAAUUUCACGAGAAUCUAGUCUUGUUGGACGGAGUAAACAGAACAAAGAUGCCCAAGACAAAAUUUUUCAUUGAUUUGUACAAUAUGUUAUUUAAAAUUAUCUUUAUUAUUUGCAUUUGUGCUAAUGUAAGUUUUUACCAGAAUAAGUGCUACAAAAACAAGGAAAAUGGUGUAAAGUGAUACAUACUGUUAAACUUCAGUGUUAUAAUGUCUGAGGCAAGACAUAACUACCAUACUCAAACAGUUAAACGAGUCUCAGAGCUACAGUAUGCUUAACUUUCAAACAAGAUGUCCUGGUUAAUAAUGUCACAUUAAAUUAUAGGAGUUUGGUCAUAUUAUAUUCCAGGUGCACUGCUACCUAAAGUUUGAAAUUUGUAAGUUUUUAGUUAUAUUCACAUUAGAAGUCAAUGUGUAGCAGAAUCAAGUCAUUUUUUGUAUAUUAUUAUUACAGUACAUAGUUGUAAAAGUAAUAAUAUAUACAGUACAUAAUAGAAGCUCAAAGAAACUAAAAAUUAUUCAUUUAUCUCAAGAUACUUUAUAUUUUAAUUACAUUGAUACUGGGCUUGAUAAGGUAGUCUAAUAGUUGGGUGCAGUACAUGGAAGAUGAAGGGAAUGUUGCUUAGAACGGAUUGUCUUUGAUGAAAGGAGGUAAGGUACACAAUAACCCUGAAAGUUUAACAUCAGUUUGUAAUCAGAAAAGAUGUUUUUGCCUAUUGCUGUUAGGCGUGUGUAAUAUACCAUUAUGUAAUAGGUAAGUGCAACAUAUUUAAUGACUGCGCAGGUGAUUAAACGAUAUUAUUUAUUUUGUAAAACAGCUAUAUUCUGUAUUAUCAGUUUUAUGAAGCUUUGAAAAGACAUGGUAAGAAAAGUGAAGCUAUUGUUAUCAAGUGGUGAAAUAAUAUACAAGAUACCUUAGUAUAUAUAUAUAUGUAUUAUUUUAGCUUAAAUUUUGCCUUGCAGUCUGUACUUAGGAGUAGAGCAUUGCAGUUAUAACAGUUGAUAGAUUUAAAGUUAUAAAAUUACUUUUGGAUAAAGUUCAGUAGUUGAGUUUUUAAUAAUGAUAAUGCAUUCUUCAAACAUCAUUGCUGUUAUAAUUUGUUAUGAAAGUUUUAGUAUCAAGAAAUUUAAACUUUAAACACUAGACAUUCAAACAAGUGACCAAGAAUCAGUCAUAAGCUGUGUCAGCGAUGGUGGUCAAAAGUUUACUCAGUCUGUCAGUUUGGUAUUCCUAAAGCUUGCUGAUGCAGCUACAUAUACAGUACUGCUUAAGGAGUUCAGUUCUGCUAGAAGUGAUUUUAUCUUUUAAACAUGCAAUGAUGUAAGGUCAGAGGCAUUUAGUUUAUCUGUAAUUUGAUAAUUGUGAGUUACUGCCGUAACCCUGCGACUUUAGUAGCUUUGUUUUGGGAUAAAUUUGUUUUAGUUUGUAACAGUGAAGAUGCAACGCUACAGCUGAGCAUCUUUUUAUUUUUAUGGUUGCCCCUUUCAAGGUAGCAUUUUUUAUUCCAUAGUUUACCAAAGAAUUAAUAAUUCAUCCUAAUUUACGUACGAGAACUUUUCGUUAGCCUUUUUAUAAUUUGCAGUUUAAGGUUGAAUAGAUGGAACGUGCUAUAUUUACAUUAUUUAAAAGUUACCAUUUUAUGCUAAUUUACUGAUUUAUUUUUCCUCAUUUUAUUGGACUGUGAUCUUUGAUUAAAGGAAGAAAAAUUUGUAAACGUAACAAAGCAUUGGAGCAGCAAGUACAGUACAGCUGAACUUUCUGUUAAGUGCUCAUCAAUUCUGAUUUUAGAAUAUGCAAGAUUUCUCAGAAAAUACACACACACUGCCUUACAAAUAUAUGUGGCAGUUGCAUGAAUGCUUGUGCAGUAUUCAAACAGCAACAUUGUCCUCACACUUCAACAACUGAGGACAAUAUAGCUGUUGCAAUACAAGCAUUCAAGUGAUAAUCAAAAAAAUAUGUAAGGCAGUGUGUGCAUAUUUUUGAGACAUCCUGUAGUUAUUACUGUAUUAUCAUCUCAUCUCUUAGAAAAUAGUUGUACUGUACUACUAGAACCUCCUUUAUACAUUAAUAAUGGGAAUAGAAUUGUAUACUCACAGCUUUUUGGAUAUUACUGAAGUACAACAUAUUCCUAAUGUCAUUUAAAUUACAGUAGUUCCUUGCCAACUGUGGGGUUUGGUUCCUGGAAAACCCUGUGGUUAUUAUAUUUGCAGAUGGGAAAUAGGGGGUUAGGUUCCACGACCACCUAUAACACUCGUUAAACCUAACUAAAUUGUCUGUUCCUUCACUAAACAAUGCCUGUAUUGUACAUUUAAUUAAAUCAAAUACAUAUAAAUACAUAUAAAAUAGUAAUAUAAAUUAAAUAGUGUGAGGACGAUGGUGGAUGAGGAUGAAACUAGCCCUUAUUAUAGCCUCACUUUUCUUAAUCGUACGAAUACAAAAUUCAUCCCCCCCCCCCAACGGCAGGUCCCACUGACGCUACGCUCUCGCCCUACACUAGUCUAUCUAGCACUUCAACUUUCUUUUAUAGAGUCGUUAUCUUCCUUGUCCUCUUCAUUUUCUUCUGACCUUAAUCACUAACACUCAAAGCACACUGAGGGGCCAUAGUUAAGGCUAAAUCAAUGUUAUUAUGGCAGAAAAUACAUCAUAAAUAUCUAGCAUACGGAGCACUAAGAGAGUGAGGCGCGAGCAGUGGCAGGACGCUGCGUGGACGAAUACAUUGGAACAGAGGGAAAAUGACGGCUUGCUAAACUGUGGAUACUCAAAAUUCAGUGUCGUGAUUGGUGAAAUGGUUUACAGAAUCAAAAUAGUGGACACCCAAAAUUCGCUGUUGGCAAGGGACUACUGUAUUGCGGUGUCGUGCAUAACUGCAAAUUAUCAUACAAAAGGUCAUAUCCUUGUUUUACUGAUCAAUGUUUACGGAUAUGAUUGGUGAAAUAUACUGCGUCGACACUAUAUAAUAUGUCUUCAUUUAUGUAACGGAUAUACAGUAUUAAUCAACUUGCUGUGUGCAAUUUCUAAUAUGGAGAUGAACAGCAAAGAUCACAGAAGUUGUAGUUAAGUUUUGUUUGUUUCCCUUGCUUGCCAUCACUGAAAGGGCUUUAAGGUUGUGGUGCAUGUUUAGUUAUAAAGGAAGCUUUAGAACACUUAAGGAUUACAGUCAGUAAGCUGUUCUGUCAAUAAGGUUGCAUGUUAAUUAAACUUAUAGGAGUCUUCAUUUAAGUGCAGUAGUGGCAACAUUUAUUCUUCACGUUAUAUAUCACAAUCUUUCUUUUAUAAUAUGAGGGAUUUAAUUAAAGCAUGGAAUGGGAAAACUGUCAGUAAAUGGUCUUCUACUAAUCACGUAUAAGAUGAAUAUAGGCAAUCUAGAGGGAGAUUGUUGGGCAAACUUUGUCUGUGUUAGGAAUUUGAUGGAAUAUGCACAGUCUUUCUCUCGACCACCUAUUUUUGUAUCCAACCGUUUUGUUAGCACAUGAAUACUUGGGUGAAUAAAAAAAGUAGAACA